GCGGCCGGAGGCGGGGCGGGAGCAGGAUGCUGAGCCGCCUGCAGGAGCUGCGCAAGGAGGAGGAGACGCUGCUGCGGGUCAAGGCGGCGCUGCACGACCAGCUCAACCGCCUCAAGGUGGAGGAGCUGGCCCUUCAGUCCAUGAUCAACGCCAGGGAAGGGAACACUGCUGUGCCUUCCACUGCUGUAACAGAGGAACAUCAAAAUAUGGACAAUGAAGCAGCUAUCAAUCAAACGAAACUGCAGUUACAGAUGCACAUCAGGGAGGAGGAGGAGGAGGAGGAGGAGGAAUCCGAUUCCUAGUGUGGAGCAUGCAGCCUGACAGCCUUUUUAUCCCAGACUCAGGAACCUCUGUGACCGUCUUUCAAGGAAAAUAUUUACUCAGACUUUGCUUGGUGCUAUAAGACCCAACUACAUUCACAAAUGCAACCAGGUUUCCCAAAGGCUUCCAGAGAUGGGGAUAAACUGUUGGUAUGAGUGAGUCAAUGUCAAUGCAUAACUAUGUAGCACGAUUACUUUGAACCGAGUAGCAUUUGGGAGGUGCAACACACAACUCUCAAAGCAAUAAUCUUCUCUUUGAAGCUUCUACUACUGGUAAAAAUGGUUGGAAAAUGACUAAUUUCAGGAGGGUGGCACUCUCAAAUCUCAUCAGGGUAAACAAGUUUACAAAAGGAGGCUAGCUCACAGUUCUUUGCAUGUACUUCUUUCGUGCUACUGCAUUAAAAACAAAACCCACUGACUAUAUAUACAAUACCCCUAAAUUCUAACCAUUUGGGGGUUAUUGUAUUAGGUUCAACAUUUCACGAAUUGUCUACAUUUAGUAACAGGAAACAUUUUCAGUUCUAGGUUGUGUCAGUGUCUGGUUUUUUGAAUACUUGUGAUUGUAUUGAAUUUUGGCCCUUCAGGGCCAAGAUUACAUUUAGCAAAGAUGACACACACAUACAGCUAGGAGAGGGAACUUCUGGUCAUGCAUCGCUGUGCCCCGGUAUCCUCCUCUCUCCACUUUUUGUUAGCUGGCGCACGCUUUACUGAAGCGAGGUGCUGUCUUCCCAGCGAAGCCGUUUCAGGAUAAGGGGUGUGCUCAGGGUCCAGAGCAAGCCUCCUCUUGGAAGGCAGCCGAGGGCGAGGGCUGCAUGGCUGCCGCCGUGACAGUCAUGGUCGUUCCCAUCACUGCCGGGGAGAGCGUGUCUCCCAAGCACACCUGCUUGGUGCUUUUACCCCUGCUGUGUUGCGACUUCCGCUUCAGCACUGCAACUUACAGCCCUCUUGCUUUUUGUUAAAGCAAGUUUGUCAGUUUGUGAUACUCCUGGCUGAUUCCUUCCAUGCUGUCUGACCUCAACUGCUGAUCCCUGCUCUCCCUCUUCCCAACUGCAGGCAGGACCAGCAAGAAAGUGGGCUUAUUGACACUGAGAAUUUGCUGGGGAGCUUCUGAUGAGCAAGUCUGUGAGUCUCUUUCAGACUGCGCAUCCUGGUUUGCAGUAUGGUAAACUUCCAAGCAUCGAUGAACGUUAGCCAUGAUGACCUUAAGGGGUGCCAAAGGGGUGGGAUUCAGCUCAGGUGGGUGACUAUACAAACCUGCCAAGUUUCUGACACUGGUCUAGCAGUAGAGAAAGUAACUGCAGCUGUCAGUUGAGGGGGAGCCCAUUCAGGAGAUGGCGCACAGAUCUGAAGGUUAGAACUAGAGUUGCAACCUUGUUUUAAGAGCUUUCUUGCCAGCCACUGCACAUCAAUUAAUAUUUAAACAACAUCAGUUCCCUGAUGUAACUUCAUGAUGUAUUUAUUAGUGUAAGAUGAAAUUGCUCAACAUCUGAAAGAAUAAAAUGAUUAAAAGAAUUUUCAAACACAAA